AAUGAGAUUCGAAUCUUGGCUCUCCUUCCAUCGACAGACAGAACUGCGCGACUACAGGGACGAUUCGAAACUUACAACCUCGAUAAUGACAACGAGGCCAGUAGCAAGGCUGACCAAAAUGGGUACGAGGCAGUGUUUUACAACAGAACUACUCCUCGUACUAUGGGGUCCAUCGUCAUAGAGUCUAAAAUCGUCUUCAUCCCUUUGGAUCUGCAACGUGCACUUUUCUGGUUGCGCUAUACGCAUGAAGAGAGGCGGCUGUGGGCGGAUGCUAUUUGCAUCAAUGAUUCUGACCCUCUAGAAGAAUUUACACAGAUCUCGUUAUUCUCCCAGAUCUACAAACGCGCUACGAAGGCCAUUGCAUGGAUAGGUGAA